GUUAGGAGAUAAAGCAGAUCACGGUCUUUAUUUCACCAUCUCAUUAUUUCACAUUAUGAAGCUUAUGUAGUUACCCAGAACAGUUAAGCCAGUCCCGUGUUUGUUUGUAAACAGCACAACAGGAGAAAGCGGGAGCAGGUGAGUCCAGCUGUGUAUUGAAAGGGUUUGCAUUUGGGUUUUACUUAAUUGAAUCUUACAUUUUACCAGAGAAAAAUAGGCUGGCUACACCUGAGAAAAGUACCGGAGAAAAGUAGCUAGACAAAAAAAAGCCAUGGUGGCAAAGUAAAUACAAUAUAGCAAGUAAAACACUGGAAUGGUAGAUUUGUAGUGGAAGAAUGUGCAAAGUAGAAAUACAAUGGGGUGCAAAGGAGCAAAAUAAAUAAAUAAAUACAGUAGGGAAAGAGGUAGUUGUUUGGGCUAAAUUAUAGAUGGGCUAUGUACAGGUGCAGUAAUCUGUGAGCUGCUCUGACAGCUGGUGCUUAAAGCUAGUGAGGGAGAUAAGUGUUUCCAGUUUCAGAGAUUUUUGUAGUUCGUUCCAGUCAUUGGCAGCAGAGAACUGGAAGGAGAGGCGGCCAAAGAAAGAAUUGGUUUUGGGGGUGACCAGAGAGAUAUACCUGCUGGAGAAUGCCAGAAUGCCUGUUCGUGAAUUGUCAAUCCGGGUUUAGAAGUGCAAAUGAAGCACAACAUUUGUCUGAUGCCAAGCAGAAAUUACAAUAAGAAGCAUAUUAGAUCUGCGCUUACAAAACGCUGCAAGCUAUUUCUGCAUUUAAUAUUUAUUUUGCCAGAAAGACGCAGAAUUCUAAGUUUAACUUGCUAUCUAAGUGGCUGAAUUAAUAAGGUGAUGGGGCAUCAUAUUGUGUUAGCUUUUUGCUGUGUUUGAGAAGGAAAACCCUUUGGAUUAGUUAUUUGUACAGCUGCCACUGCUAUCUUGAUUUCCUUGUGUUUUUUCUCCUCUCCAUUCUCAGCCCAUCUGCUCCCCCCCUUGUUCCCCCGGGCAGAGCAUGCAGGUCCGCAAAACACCCGGAGGUCAUUGUCCGCACCCCCGCAUAAUUCUAAUUACCAUAUUGAAACAUUUCCCAUAAAAAUCAGUCAGUUAGUAAGAUAGAGAUAUGAAUGGAAGCAAGUCCCCAGCAAUGUUCCAACAUCUAGUGGAAAGCCUUCCCAGAGGAGUGGAUGUAGAUAUAGCAGCAAAGGGGGAACAUACUCCAUAUUUAAUGCCCAUGAGUUUCGACGAGCAAUGUGUCCACAUACUUUUGGCAAUAUAGUGUACAUACACACACAAUUUGAUUUGAUCUUUUUAAUGCAACUGUGAGUGAGAGUGCCAUUCCAGUUUAUCUAAUGUGUUGUGUUAUAUUAUGUCAUGUAAUAUAUGACUAUGGCCAGUGACAGUGUCUUGUGAAAGACUUUGUGUUAAUUGAGAAUGGUUGACUAAAUCACUCAGUGGUUUGCAAUACUCUUCUUGGGAACCCCCAGCUGUUCCAGAGGUAGCUCACUUGAUUAAACGUUUCAAUUAAUGCAAUAGCAAUACCUAUAGAAUUUUGACAAUAUAAUACGGCUGACCAGAAUAAAAAAAACUCAAUGGUUCUUUAAAAGGAUCUACAAAAGAACAUUUCAUAUUAAGAAAUGUUCUUUAUUGCAGGGGUUACUAAACCUUUUCCCUCAGAUGCCCUUUCCAGCAUUGGUGAACAUCCUGCGCAUGUGCCACGUCUAUUUCUAUGGGCACAAGAACUGUUCAUGACGCAAAUUGUUUACACCCCUCUAGUUGGCAGUGACAGAAGACAUUCUACGUUUUGCAACUUCUCUCUCUCUUGUUUGUUGUCUUCCAUUCUCUCACUCUGUCCUUGGUUUCUCUUUUUUUAUCUCUCCUCCAUCUUUCCCCUCUCCCACCCUCCUUUCAGUCUGUCUGCCCCCUGAUUAAUUCCUUUUUAUUCCCCAUGUUAUCUCUCCUCCAUCUUUCCCCUCUCUCGCCCUCCUUUUAUUCUGUCUGCCCCCUGAUUAAUUCCUUUUUAUUCCCCAUGUUAUCUCUCCUCCAUCUUUCCCCUCUCCCGCCCUCCUUUCAUUCUGUCUGCCCCCUGAUUAAUUCCUUUUUCAUUCCCCAUGUUAUCUCUCCUCCAUCUUUCCCCUCUCACAACCUCCUUUCAGUUGGUCUGCCCCCUGAUUAAUUCCUCCACUUCUAUCUACAUCAAUUUCACCGUCUUUUUCACCCUCAGUCCUUCCUCCUCUUCUCUGACCUGUCUGUCCUGUAUUAUUUUAUUCCUCCAUCACCUUCUCCAUCUCUCUCUGUCAGCUACUUAAAAACAGAACAUCUGCCCUUGAAAAGCUGAAUCAUUAGAGGAUAAACCUAUGACACUUCAGUCACAAUUAUUCUCCGUUGUAAUUCAGAGAACGAUCAAAACCUAACAUUUGAAACAAAAUCAUUAUACCGUAUUCCUUUCCGUAUCUAUCUCCCCCCAGCAGGAUAGAGGGUGCAUAUAGAUUAGACAACAAACGUAUGAUGAAUGUUGCUGAAACGAAUUGGGAAAGGCAAUCAGUUUCUUCUCAACUACAGACUCAACACAGAUAGCACAGCUGCUGUAUAGACAAAAACAUUGGAAUACUUUUGCUUUUAGAACCAAUCAAAGAAGACCAUCCUCUGUGUGUGUGUGUGUGUGUAUGUGUGUGUGUCUUUGAAAUAACAGCAGGACUCAGUGUUGACAGUGGCAUGCAGUAAUGAGCCAGUUAGCAUUCCCAUGGUGCACUGCAACAGGGGGAUGGGCUGACAUUUGCACCGUCGCUGAACGCCAAGUACCCAGUGGACUUAUUAUCAGCGGAGAGGACAGGAUCAGAAUGGCUGUGGACAAGUCUCUGGGGAUAGAGUAACUGCUGUGUGAUUCAAGGUUUGUAUUAGACGCGAGAGAGAAACAAGAUAAGGAGAAGAACACAGAGAAACCUUGGGGAACGUGGAGAACGUCUUGCUUCACACAUAGAAACCAUGAUAAUACUAACAAAACGUUAACAGAAUCUUAACGGAACACUCAGCGAGGUCAUGUAGCUGCACUCGGAACGCCCUGCAUGUGACCACUCUUCCUGCAUCGCCUCGGCUUCUCUGAUUGGCUGGUUUCGAGAGUGACGGACCAAUGGAGAAGAGUGCUGAGGAGCUGAACCUCUCGUUCCUGCUGGAGCAUGAGAGAGAGAUGAUCCUCAGUGUCCUGCAGAAGGACGAGAAACUGAGGAAGAGAGAGGAAAAGAGGAUACGGAAGCUGAAGAAUGAGCUGGUGGAGAUCGGGCGUAAGGGUUCAUGCUGCCCCCAGGAGAUUGGGGAGCGUCAAUGUGCCCGCUGCCUGAAGGGCCUGGGCCUGAUCUUCGACCGUGGGGAGCUCUGUGAGGAGUGCCUACAGCGUGUCUGCAGCGACUGCCGCGUAAUGCCCCCUAAAGGAAAGCAGUGGAAGUGCUCCAUCUGCUCCAAAGUCUCAGAGCUGAAGGUAGUGACCGGGGAGUGGUUCCUGGAGGAGCGGUCCAAGCGGUUUGACCAGAGUACGGUGCUCAGCAGUGACGUUGUCAAACAGUCUAUCAUGAGCAGCCCUGCUGGAAGCCCCCACAGGAAGUCUCCUGCGCCAGGCGACACAAUCCACACACCUGAGAGGCCUGACACGUCCAAAUCAGGAAGAGGCGCCGUAAGGAACCUGGUGGAUGGUGCCAAGAGGAAAGGGAAUGGGAUGCGGAUGGAAAAGAGGGGCAGCCGUCCCAGCCUGAAGCCAGAAAACGAGGCGGACGGUGGUAGUGUGUCCCCUCCGGUUCCCGACACAGACCCAUGCAGUGUACGCAGCGCCCGGUCUGCACCACGCUCCACGCCUCACUCACACAGGGGCAGUGCUGUGGCUCUGGAGACCUUAGGGUUCCCUACUGUACCCAACAACCUGCGCUCCCAAACCCUGGAGAGGGACAGGUCCCCUACACCCAGCAGCAAGACCAGGAGGCCGGACGGAGCAGAGAGCGUGGCUAGUUUCCACUCCAGCGACAGCGUGUUUGACAAGAUGGCCGAAACCGUCACCAGGCAUGGCAGGAUGGAGCCUGGCACCGCCACCCCCACCAUCGCUGUCUCCAGGGCCUCCGUGUCUUCAGAUCGUAGUCGUUCUGAGGUGGACCUGUCUGUUCCUGGUUCUGCCAGUGAUGAGGCCCUCAGUCUAAGGAGCCACUCUGUCCCUGGGCUCAAUGAACCGGAGUUUAAUAAUGCUGAGAAAGACGAGGACAUCGAUGCUCUGAUGUCGGCACACAGCAAGGCCACCAGCCGACGCGUGAGCAACACUAUGUCCACGUCUUCUACUCCUGGCUCAGAGAGGAAAUGGGGCUACCUCAGUCUCCCUGGCGACUCGGACGCAGAGACUAGCAGUCUGAACAGUAUGAUGAGUAUGUACAGUGAGACCGGUGACUAUGGCAACGCCAAUGUGAGUGGGGAGCUGCUGUUGAACAUCAGCUACAGCUAUAAGACAGGCGCUCUCAAUGUCCUGGUGAAGGAGUGUCGCAACCUGGCCACUGGGAAUGAGAGGAAGCAACGCACAGACGCCUAUGUGAAGGCUUACCUUCUCCCAGACAAGUCUCGCCAGAGCAAGAGGAAGACCAGCAUCAAGACCAACACAAUCAACCCUGUGUUCAAUGAGAACCUUAGGUAUGUGAUCAGCCACUCCCAGUUGGAGACACGGACAUUGCAGCUGUCUGUGUGGCACCACGACCGUUUCGGUCACAACAGCUUCCUUGGGGAGGUGGAGCUGACCUUUGACUCCUGGGAGUUUGACACGAACAUGGAGGAGUGGUACUCUCUGCAACCCAAGCUGGACAGUAGAAUGGACUCCACGCUCCAGUAUAAAGGGGAGCUAACCGUCGUUCUUAAGUACAUCCCUGCAGAGAGGAACCUCAUGCUACCCCUGGACCAGGUCCAAGUGAAGAAAGGCUUUCUGAAAGGAAAGAAGACCAGCAUCAAGCUGCCCAAAGGAGGAAUGGUGGAGCUGCUGGUCAAGGAGGCCAAGAACCUGACCGCUGUCAAGUCUGGAGGCACCUCGGACCCCUUUGUGAAAGGGUAUCUGCUCCCUGACAACAGUAAGUCCACCAAGCACAAGACGGCGGUGUUGCGUCGCACGGUCAACCCCCAGUGGAACCACACCUUUACCUACUGUGGCCUGCAGGCCGGAGACCUGAACAACGUGUGUCUGGAGCUCACCGUCUGGGACAAGGAGGCUCUGGCCAGCAACGUCUUCCUGGGGGGAGUCCGACUCAACGGAGGGACAGACCAGAGCUAUGGGAACCAGGUGGACUGGAUGGACUCAUACGGAGAGGAACAGCGGCUAUGGCAACGCAUGAUUGACAACCCAGAGGUCCCCCAGGAGUGUACACUGAUGCUGAGGUCCAGCAUGUGCAAGCACAACACAUGACAUGGCGGGGGGGAGAAAAAGGAGAGAGGCAGUUGGAAAGACAGAGGGGAAACAGAGAAAGGUAUCAGAGAGGGGAGAAAAAGUGGAAGUUAAGAAAGAGGGAAAUAAAAUGAACAAAAGAAAGAGAGGGACAGUGGUUGAGAGUGCUCCAUGGCCUUGCUCUAUCCCCGCAAUAAAGAGCUGAUGACAUCACCCCACUUCCUGAACUUUGAACCCUAACCACUGAGCCACCCUGAUCCUGCACUGGGGUUCGUGGCCCUCUACCUGGUUAAGUGGACAACCAGUCAUGCCUUACACACACACACCCUGCCCUCCAAAGCAUCCAGCCAAGACCAAGCACUGCUACAACAACAACUACUAAUACCGCUGUACAUUAUGACAUAUAUGUAACAUAAUGAACAAGCAUGUGCCAUUGUAUGAUCUGAUCUGACUCCCGGGUUCCACUAUGCACAUACAUUAUGGGUGUGUGGGGGAACCUGUCCUUGUCUCUGUAGUUUAUUUACAACACUCUCCUCUCCCUGUGAUGAGACCACGAGUUAGAAGUUGUCCUUAUUCCCAGAUCUAGGAUCAGAUUGUCUUGACCUGCUCCUAACUAUAACCACUAGUGGGAAGUUAACAUAUCUGACCCUGUAUCAGUGGUUCAGGAUAGCCUCUACCUACUCUCAUAAGGUAACUACUCCAAAGGCACUUUGGGUUUGUUGCAUUGCUGAGGAGAUUUAAACAUUCCAAUAGAAUACUGUACAAUGACAAUUAGGGUAUGUUCAAGACUGCGAUGUUUCAUGCAAUAAUUGUAUUAUGCAACAUUCUGAACUGAUAAUCACCUGUUUCAAAUUGUUGCACAAUUGCAUUGUAACUGAUCCUGAACACACCAAUAGUUUUACUGUCUUGAUAAAGCACAUUUUAAGAGUAGAACAGCACAAACAAUACUCACUUCAUCAACAGACGUUUUUGGACCUAACUUUGUGUGGAAACAGAUUAAGGUGGAAAUCUAACCAGAGAUCUAUCAGCACCAAAUUGCUGAUCAAAAUGUAUUGUGUCAAACGUGGAAUAGAGUCAGGGCAGUUCUAUCUGCAACACUGGAAACGUUUUGCCCCAGGAGCCUUGAGGAGAUGAGUCAGUGUCCAGUCCACCCUCUGUCUGUGACUCAUUGAAUAAAGCACAUCCGUCAGAGUGUCUGUCCCUGUAACUCAGGUAUCUGUGACCCCUCGGUCCUUGUAACCUCUCUGGAUGAGUAAUAACACUUCUAGUAUCCCCCCGUAAAGGGUUCCGUUGUCUUGGCAUGCGUCCCAAAUGGUAACCUUUUCCCUUUAAAGUGCACUUGUAGAGCACUAUAAAGGGAAUGGGCCAGUAAUCAAAGGUCGCUGGUUCGAAUUGCUGAGGUGAAAAAUCUGUCCAUGUGCCCUUGAGCAAGGCACUUAACCCUAAUUGCUCCUGUAAGUCACUCUGGAUAAGAGCGUCUGCUAAAUGGAAAUAAAUGGAAAUGGAAUAGGGUACCAUUUGACCGCAGACUAUGUCUCUGUAUACAGUCAUAUCCUACUGUGGUGCCAUUCUUUCUGUGGAAUGACAAGUCUGCACAUUCGCCAUUGUCUAAGUUUCUGUUAUGCUCAACAACCAUUGAAAAGUGCAUAAUAAUAAUAAUGAUACUAUUAAAAUGGCAUUUACUGUAUAGAUGAGUUGUGCGCAAUACCCUGCUGCUACUGAAGAAACACUAGACGUGUCUAACAGCAUGUUACGGUCUCUGUUUUAAUGUCCUCUCAUUUCAAAACUAGAUUGAUUUGACUUUGGAAUGUGACUGAAUCCAUCUCUUCUUUUGAUUGCAAUGUGUUAUCAGAAUAUUUUGAAGUAAUAAACCACACAUAUCAGA